GAUUCGUUCUGACAUAGGGAGAUAUGGUUAUAGUAAUUGAAGGAGUUGCCUUAAUCAAGUGUCCGAAAUCUACAGAUGAAUUCUAUAGCAAUUACCCUAGCAUUGUUGAAACUGGAUAUAAUUUUGCUCACCAAAAUUUGAAAGUGGUAGAACCAGAGUUUUCCUUGUAUAUAUCACAAGGUGAAUUUGGUGUUGUGCCUGGAACAGAUUCAAAGAUUAAGAUAAUAGGUUCUGAUAGUGCCACUACUUGUCACAUUGUUAUCAUCAGACACCCAGCUGGAACUGUUGCUCUAGCUCACUUUGAUGGUAGUAAAAAUGAAGUGGCAGCCAUUAAUGCCAUGGUUGAGAAGAUCACAAAUAUUGAGAGAGGUUCAGAUGGACUUCAGUUGUAUGUUGUUGGAGGAUAUAUGCCAGAGAAAGGUAGUAAAGAGGCCUCUAAAAAGGAAGCUGAACAUCUUUCAUUGAAAAUAUUGGCUAUGUUGAUCAGUCAUAAGUGUUUAUUCAAAGUCUCCUUGUGGUGUACCUGUCGUUUAAACACAAUGGAGGGAAGCAGUGGACCACAGCCAAUUGUAUAUGGUGUGGGUGUAGAAGUGUUGACUGGAUCUAUAUUUCCUGCAUGUUUUAAAUCACACGAGCCAAACUUGCCUCUCAGAUCAGCUUCUCGCUGGAUUUCUGGGGACAAAAAAUUGUAUGACAUAUAUGACCAUCUUUCUGGAACAAUAAGUAUUGAUCCUUUUUAUUAUUCAGGUAUGGAUUGGUUCAAUGUAUAUCUUCAGCUUCCAGAUGAUCUGUUAUUAAGAAAUUUUUCUACUUCUCCAAAAGUUGAGCCUCCUGAAUUUUGUCAGGAUCUUAGGAAAGUUUUUAAAAUUUUUGUGGAUCAUCCUAACCCACAGGAAACACUCUUUCCUGGCAAGAAAUCUAAAAAGUAUAUAAUUAAUUCAAAUGGAAUCUGGGAAUCGGUGCAGGGACAAUGAUAAAACAAAUUAAUAUUGGGAAGGAGAGUGAGGAAUAACUUGAAAUAAAUGUUCACCUGUAAAAUGUGUGGAUAUAAUCGAGGUGUUUGUGUUUACCUUUUUUUCACGGUUGCUUUAUACCGAGUUUCAAAAUUUUGCCUUUAUAAAUGAAAGUUUAAGGUUUAACAAAUAUGAAUGUGUAAUCUAUGGACUUCUUCUAAUGAUAUUAAUUUGCAUGUUGUUUACAGUGUAAUGGCAUAAAAAUAGUGCAAUAAAAUUGUAAUUACUUGAUCAAAUAUUUCUUGAAAAUUGUGCA